CUAAAGCUUGAUUGGAUCAAUGUGACAAAUUUAUAAUGGCGGUGUUGACUGUUGACAUUUGGCUGACGUUUAUUUAGCAAACACAAACUAUUUUGAGUAUGUUAUGCGAGGCACUUGCUAAUUUAUAAUAAUUUUAAUGUAACAUGGCAGUAAUGGAAGGUUCUCUAAGUAAAUGGACCAAUGUUAUGAAAGGAUGGCAAUACCGGUGGUUCGUGCUAGACGACAACUCUGGAUUACUCUCCUAUUAUACGUCAAAAGAAAAAAUGAUGCGAGGAGUUCGAAGGGGAUGUGUUCGAUUAAAAGGUGCUAUAAUAGGAAUCGAUGAUGAAGAUGACAGCACUUUCACCAUUACAGUCGAUCACAAAACAUUUCAUUUUCAAGCAAGGGAUGCCGAAGAACGGCAUAAAUGGGUGCAAGCGUUGGAAGACACGAUUAUUAGACAUGCCAGUCGAACAAAGUGGGAUUCAUUUCAUGUGUCGCCUACAAUUAAGGAUCUGGAUAAUAAAGUUUCGGAAGCUGAUGCAUAUCUACAACUUAUGAUUGAACAAACUAAGCAAUUGGAAGAGAGAAUAAUUUCAUUCACCGACCUUGAUGAAAAGACGAAAUGCGAGACAAUCUUGGAGCAUGCAAAUGUAAUGCUGGAUAACAUCAAGCAUUCCAUAGUCCUGCUUCAAAUUGCAAAGAAUACCGCACAUCCCAUCAAUGGUAUUUACCAUCCAAUACCCGGAAAAUCAAACAGUGUCUCUUCGAUUCAUGAUGGUAUGUUCAUAUUAUAUCCUUUGGAUGUGGUUCCUGGGGAAGCUGUUAUUCAACAAGGAAUCGAACUGGGUUCUGAAUGCAUGGAAGAUGGACGGAGAAAAAUUAGAACAAUACCUUCGGUAACUGCUUUAGUGGUACCUGAAAUGUCCUACUCAAGUUCAGAAGGCGAAGAUGAUUUUUUUGAUGCUAAUGAUAUUCCAUUCGCAGGCAGCCAGUUGCCAUCGCCCACCAGCUUGAGAUCUUUUGACAAUGAGGGACAAACUCAGUUACCAGCGCCAAAGUCGAUUCCGCCCACAGUUGUUAAUGUGACCAAUCGAGUGCCAUCCGUCCGAAAAAGUAGGAAUCCCGGAAAUCAAGACGAACUAGAUUAUGAUGCGCUUUACGAAGACGAUGAUGAACCCGAUGUGGAAAUGGAAAGCCAUGGCUCCGUUAUUAGGCAUCUAUUAUCUCAAGUGAAAAUAGGAAUGGAUUUAACCAAAGUUGUUUUGCCAACAUUCAUUUUGGAAAGACGAUCUUUACUGGAAAUGUAUGCAGACUACUUUGCACAUCCGGAUCUAUUCACAUGUAUUCCAGAUUUAAAAGACCCGCGGGACCGAAUGGUCCAAGUAGUAAAAUGGUAUCUGUCAUCUUAUCAUGCUGGUCGAAAAAGCUCGGUAGCAAAGAAGCCCUAUAAUCCGAUCCUUGGCGAAGUGUUUAGAUGCCAUUGGGAUGUUUCGGAAGACGAAAACGGGCCUUCCGAAGAAACAGUACCUGACGGCCCUGUGCCAUGGUGUAAGAAAAGUCAGCUCACAUUUGUAGCUGAGCAAGUUUCUCAUCACCCGCCUAUAUCUGCCUUCUAUGCCGAACAUGUAAACAAAAGAAUAAGCUUCAAUGCCCAUGUAUAUACAAAAUCGAAGUUCCUCGGAUUGUCUGUUUGUGUUUAUAAUAUUGGUCAAGGAGUCGUAUCGGUACUUGAUUACAACGAAGAAUACAUAGUAACAUUUCCCAACGGUUAUGGUAGAUCAAUACUAACCACGCCAUGGAUCGAAUUAGGUGGAAGUGUCACCAUUAGUUCUCCACAAACAGGAUACCAUUGUGAUAUUGAAUUUAUAACAAAGCCGUUCUACGGCAACAAGAAACAUAAGGUAACCGCAGAAGUAUACGGACCCGAUGAAAAAAAGUCGUUUUUAAGUAUUAGCGGAGAGUGGAAUGGUUUAAUGGAGGCCAAAUGGGCCGACAAAACCGAUCCCGAGCUAUUUAUAGACGUAAAUGCCAUAGAAAUAAUCAAGAAGCAAGUGAGGCCUAUUAGCCAACAGGAGGAGAAUGAGUCCAGGAAAUUAUGGAAAGAGGUUACCGCUGGUCUUAAGUUCAACGAAAUUGAUAAAGCUACAAAUGCUAAGCAAUCGUUGGAGCAGAAGCAAAGAGAUGAGGCUAAGGAAAGGAAAGAUAGUGUAAAGGAAUGGCAAACAAGAUUGUUUAAAAAAGUUGGGGAUGAACAAUGGUUGUACACAAGGCAAUUAAAACAGCGGCUACCGAUGAAUUCAACGAACGCUACGUGAAGAAGAUCUUAGUAUUAGAGUUUUCCAGACCUGAUAACUUUGCAAGUCGCUGGAAUUUAAAUUUUCAUGAUCAACAAGUAAACUGUGAUAAAAGUCAUGAAAAUUUUGUCUAUUCCAAUUGUAUAGAAUUACGGUUUUAAUAUAGCAUCGAAAUUGUGUUGAUUUCAGCAUUGGUAUGAAGACAUGGAGAGACAAGGUUACUUAACUUUUAAUUAAAUAUAGAUCAGCUUAAGAAAAUUAAGCUCAAUUUCUUAUUAAAACAUAAAAUAAGCUAAUAACAAUUUUUAGUUCCAAAGCAUUCAAUUUUGGAAAUAUGUAAUUGUAGACAUCACUUAGAUGCAAUAUUUCUUACGUUGCCUCUAGUUUGCGAGAUCCUCGUAUAUCGCUGUAGACUAAUAUUUGUCUCAGUUAUUUUGUAUUGUGAAUGAAUUAAAUACUUUAUUACCGUUGUCAGAUAAUCCUGCAGUAAAUCAGUACAAAUAAUAAAUAUAUUAGUGGUAAUAACUUAAUUUGUGACUAUUCUUUUUUGCAUAACAUGAAAUCAAAACGUAUUAAUUUAGAAACUCAGAGUCACGAUCGUAUUAAAACGAACAGGGAUAAGCAUAAAAUUUUAAAUACAGGAAAAAAAGUAUUAGUACACGAAGCGAAAUAUGUUACCUGUUAUCCGGCGGCUUAAUAACUUUUAAUAUUGUCAUCGGGGAUAAAUGCAACGAAAUAUUCUGAUCUGAUGUGUCAUCGUAAUGCGCCAUAGAUUAUGUUUUUUUUAAUUAACUUUUAAUCUGACAUAUCAGUUAUUGUUAUUUAUCUAUCUAUACUUCUUACACAUAAAAUCGAAUUGUAGAUUUUGACAGUCUUUGAUUAUACUACACAAUUGUUAACAGGUUUUUGUAUGCUAUUUUGAAAACCUAAUUGGUACUUAAAUACCUGUUGUUUUAAGGGGUUUGAAAGUACUUUGGCGAAAUGCCCAAACACGUACGCAAUGUAUUUCGCUUUCGGUGGACGCUGAAGUACUUGCUUUACCAAACUGGCUUUUGUAAAUAUACAUACACUAUAGUACUAACUUCAAUCGGCAAAAGGUUGUCUAUCAGCAUUUAUAUUUUUUACUUUUUAAUAAAAUGUAAAUUAUUGUAUAUUUUGCUUAAUUGCAUGUAGUAUUAUUUAGCCAAAGUAAUUUGGUUUUGUCACCUUUGGCAUUUUAGUCUUAAAAGCAACUUGCCUAAAAAGUUAUAGUACAAUCAGAAACAUUGUAAUGUGACGUACUUCCAAGAAAAUUUCCAAUAAAUAUAUGAUAUACUA